AUGAGCUUAGUCUUCACUUGCAAUGCUUGUAUGAUCCAGUUCCGGUCCAGCGACCAGCAAAGGUACCAUAUGAAGACCGAUUGGCAUAGAUAUAAUUUGAAGCGGAAAGUAGCACAAUUAGGACCGAUUUCUGCGGACUUGUUUGCUGAAAAAGUACAGAUUUCUGAGCGGGAGAAGGAGCUUAACCAGGUGGAUGAGUUUGGGUUCGCAGUGCUAAAGAAAAAGGAGCCUUCACGUCACAAAAGUGCUGCCAAUGGUAAAACGAAGCUGAAGAAAAAGAGGGGACGGCAAUUCGAAAAUGUGGAGGAUACAGCUGACCCAGCUCGGUCUACGUCACCGGCAGUAUCUAUAGCUUCUGAAAUUUCCAAAAUGUCAAUCCACAGCACGGAUUUCGAUGAUGAAAGAUCUUACGAAAAUGGCUUCACUACCAACUCGGAAGAGGAAUACACCACUGAUUACGAAACAGAAGCCUCUGAAAUCGAUACAAAUCAGCAAAAAGAUGUCCAGUUCUCACACACCGAGUGUCUCUUUUGUGGAAGGAAGAGCAGAGACCUCGAGGGCAACAUCAGCCAUAUGUUCAGGUCUCACGGUCUUUACAUACCAGAAAGAACGUUUUUGGUGGAUUUAGAAGGCUUAAUAAACUAUCUAAUAGAGCUGAUAGUGCACUCCCACCAAUGUCUGUGCUGCUUUUUCAAAGGCAGCAGUCUAGAAAGCAUACGCGCACACAUUGCAUCUAAAGGCCAUGCCAAAUUACCCUACGAAACUAAAGAAGAGCGUUUGCGCUUUUCGAAGUUCUACGAUUUCUCGCUGGCCGAGCAGCAAUCCGAUGAUGACUCUGACGCCUCCGGCUGUGAAGUCACGGUCGUCGACACUGAAGCUAGUUCUUCUCCAGACGAAAGCAGCAGUGGUGACUCACCACAAGAUAUAAACUCCAACUAUGCUCAGGCAGUAGUUGACGAUACCGGUGUAGAGCUUACUUUGCCCACGGGAGUAAGAGCGGGACACCGUUCUAUGAGGAGAUAUUACAGACAAAACCUUCCACUACCACCUGACGCCGCCGAUGGCAAUAGAACAUUAGCAGUUGGCGAUAGGAGGUAUUUGGGCGGUGUCACGGAUAGGACGAUAAAGAAGAAUGACAAGAAAGCUCAGCAGCUGGAAAGGCAUGGCAUAAAUCGCAAGAUUCGCACGGAGACUAGACGCAGCAACUUUCAAACCCAUUUCAGAGAUGAGCUUUUACAGUGA